GCGAUAAAUCCGCUCGAAUUUAUUCGUUCACCCAGAGAUUCCCUCGCCUUCUUUAAUAUACAACCCAUGAAAACUGACCGAUUCACGAUGGUCUCUUCUAAAUUCAUCGCGCUCGCCAUUUUCUCCUGCAUGGCCCCCGCUCUGGCAGCAGAGAAUGUUACCCUUUACUCGGAGGAGCCUUGCACGGGUGAAACAGCCCUGAUCCAGCCAAACAACAAAUGCACUCUCGUACCAGAAGCAUUGGCCGGAAAAGUGGUCGGGGUGAAAGUACCUGAAGAUAUUGUGUGCAAUUUCUAUAAGGAUGAGAAAUGCAAAGAGCCAAUCUUGUAUUCAGUGGAGGACCCUGGUAUCUGCACAUUUAGCGAGUGGGAUACCGAUGAUCAGAAAGUUAGCAACCUUUCGGCUAGCGUUCUUUGCUUCGAUAGUACCGUUGAGGAGUCGUGAGAUGCCG